GCGCAGUUAUCUCGAGCAGAUGAACAGAGGCCACCACGAAUCACCCCGUCGGGUUCAUCGCGGAAAUUUCAUUCACAAAGAGGCACACAAUCUAAUCGUGCUCAAAAGCAACAACAGAAUUCAUCAGAUGCUAAACAGAUGUCACAAAAUUCCUCGGGCUCUGGUGAUUUAUCAUCUAUUCCAAUUGAUAAAUCCAGUCAUUCACGUCAGCCAAGAGCCGGAAGAGCUGGAGAGAGUGGCCAACGUACUGUUGGAGCACGCUUUGUGAAGCAAAUGGCACCUGGUCGUGCCCAAGAAGAGGUCUACACUGCGCUCGGCUAUUGUGAGCCAUAUGAUGCGCGAAUAAAACGCCCUAAACCCGCCGUACAGGUGUAUCAGAACAGAACAUUUAUUAAUUCAACGCUAACACCAAAUAACAAUAAUAAUAACAAUAACAAUGGUGUCGGUAAUCGUCAGACGGCUGGUCCGUCAGGUGGCUGGAAUACUGGUAAUAAUCGUGGUGCGUCAUCCCAGUAUCCGGGUGGUUUCGGGGCGCCGAUUCCCGAAGAUGUCCUCAAUGAUAUUUGUUUCAGAUUUCUCAUCAAUAUACCAGAAGAAGAGAAAAGUAAUGUGAUUCGAAUUUGCUUUCAAAUCGAGUUGGCACAUUGGUUCUACAUUGACUUCUAUUGCAAAGGUGAUGCGGUUACUCCAAAAUGCAAUGAAAUUGGAUUGAGAGACUUCAUUCGGCAAAUUUUCAACCACUGUGAUUUUCUGUCCGAGUUUUCGGGUCAAGUUGAUCAGGUGAUCGAAAAGUGGCGUGAAUACAAGUCAUCAGUGCCAACGUACGGUGCUAUCUUGCUGGACAGCUCGCUAAAUUAUGUGCUAUUGGUGCAAGGAUAUUAUGCGAGAAACAGCUGGGGGUUCCCGAAGGGAAAGGUGAAUGAAAGUGAAGAGCCAACAGAUUGUGCGGCACGUGAAGUACUCGAGGAGGUUGGCUUUGAUAUCAGUGAAAAGAUUCGCGAUAAUCGUUUAAUCCAAAAGUUCAUAAACGAAACAUUGACACGUCUCUACAUUGUCACCGACGUACCAGUGGACUUUCAGUUUGCACCAAAAACCAGAAAUGAAAUCGGCAAAAUUCAAUGGUUCUCGGUGUGGGAUCUGCCAACAGAUCGAAACAACCAGAAAGCUUGUGAGCAUAUCGGUUUGGUGCCGAACAACUUCUACACAGUGAUGCCGUUUGUUAAUGAUCUACAGGCGUACAUUAUAAGACACCAAAAUAAGCGUAAUAAAAUGAAGCCAAAGAUGAUUAAUCCAGUGAAAAUUGGUGAACGCUCAGCAAGUGCUUUCGACCCAGUUCUUCCACAUCAAAAGUUGGAAUUCAUACCAUCUGUAUUCACAUCUCUAUUUCCUGGCGUACUGGAUCCGUGUGCGUCAGCAACAGCAGGAUCAGGAGUAUCUUCAUCUCUGACCCUUCAGAAUCAAAACGCAAGCUCUGUUCCGUCAUUAAUUUCAAAUCGUCACUCACCAACUUCGGCCUUCUUCAAGCCACUCUCGACCACUUCGACGCAAAUUCCUGUAUCAUUCACUGGUCCGUCGUUCCUUCAACUUGUUACCAGUGGCGUUGGCGUCAGUGAUCUUGGUAAUAAUGCCGCGCAAUCACCGGGUAGGUUUUUCGUUGGUUAUUUUAGAUUUUUGGUUGUUUCGCGAUUUAUCGAUUCGUUUUUUUGUUGA